GGAAGCGCCUGCCGGGGCAGGGCCGGGGGCGCGGGGCCAUGGCGGGCCGCGGGGCCGCGUCCUCGGAGCAGCUGGAGCGGCUGCACGAGAUCUUCCGCGGGCUGCACGGAGACCUGCGGGGCGUCCCCGAGCGGCUGCGGGGCAGUGCGGCCGAGGAGAAGAAAAAACUGGUUCGAGAAUUCGAUGAGAAGCAGCGUGAAGCCAAUGAGACGCUGCGGGAAAUGGAGGAAGAACUGAAGUACGCUCCUAUACCUUUCCGCAACCAAAUGAUGAGCAAAAUCCGAGCCUACAGAAGAGAUCUGUCCAUGUUCCAGAGGGAGAUGAGAAGCACAGAUUUGGGAUUGGGCCGUGGAAACCAAGGCGAUACAAAAUAUGGAAUCUUUGCCACAGAAAAUGAACAGAGUACUAACCUGCAGUCACAGAGGGUGCUGCUUCUCCAGGGCACAGACAGUCUGAACCGAGCCAGCGAGAGCAUCGAGCGCUCGCACCGAAUCGCAGCCGAAACCGAUCAGAUUGGCACGGAUAUCAUCGAGGAACUCGGGGAGCAGCGGGAGCAGCUGGAACGCACCAAGAGCAGGUUGGUGAAUACAAGUGAGAACUUGAGCAAGAGUCGCAAGAUUCUACGCUCGAUGUCUCGGAGAAUAACCACAAAUAAGUUGCUGCUGUCAAUUAUCAUCAUCCUGGAACUGGCCAUCCUAGGAGGUGUGGUCUACUUCAAGUUCUUUCGCAAGAAAUGAACCUUCAUGACCAAGAUGAGCUUUUCCACUGAUGAGGAACAGGAUGGGCUAUCUGCUCCCUUUGACUGUCUGAAGGUUGAACUGAAUCAUGAGACAGCACAUUCAACUGAAACUGUACUGACACUUGAAAGACAGAGAAUGGGAGUAAAAAGAAACAGGCUUGAACUACUGGUAAGAUUAAUAAGAAGGUAAUAAAUAUUUUAUUCUGUCAUUUUGUAUAUACUUAACUAAAUGAAUAAAUCUUGCUAUGUAAUAAAGUAGCCACUGAUCAAUGGAAAAAGCUAGUUUAUUUAAAAAUUGGGACAUUAACAGUAUUUGCCAAGUGUUGACAAUCUAUCCACUCAAGUGCCUCAGCAGAGCUCUGUAUUGUCCAAUAUAUCCAACAUGGAUUCUUAAAUCCUCACUUGCUCUUCACUGUCAGAUUCAUCUGGAGAGCUGGGUGUUGGGAGUUCAUCAAAAGCGAUGUGUGCUCCUUCCCUUGUCUGCCCAAAGCACGUUGCUAUCACAUCGACUGCAAGGUGAGCAGUUGCUUUCACUGCCUCUUGAGAAGCUCCGAGCAGGGGAUUGACUUCAACCAUGUCUACAGCUGAAAGCAUUCCUGUGAAAACGAUUUGCAGCUUUGUUACUCUGACAAAGGGUACAGUCUUGCAAGGUUUUGUUUAUUCAGACUUUUAUUCAUUGUAACAAGUCUGGUAUUUGGGUUUGUGACCUGCUCUACCCCUUAGACAAGUAAGAUUGGCUCUUGAGGGAUGAAGUUUGUUCUCAGAUGUAAAUUUGUGUUUUUAAUUUGGUUUUUCCUUACGUCAUCACUACCUCACUCAUUUGUGCUUUCAACAUUCAAGAAGAAUGUUUGAUGUUCCAUACACAUUUAUGAGAGGAACAUUUUUUCUCCUAGUCCAAAUAUGAGGGGUUAUAAAAUAGUCUCUCUUCAUAAUCUUUUCCAUCCUGUUCAUGAAUAUAUAGACUAUUGUCUGGUUGGGAUUUUUUUAACCUUCUUUUACUGCAAAUAAUACUGUUAAAACAUAUUAAAUAAAAACUUGAUGGUAAUAAGA